CAUUCAGAGUCGUCUCUUAGUCGCAGACACACGAACUCCUCCAAAUCAGCCAAUAUGUUCCGCUACAUGCUCGUCGCCUCCGCCGUCCUGGCCUGCGCCUACGGUGCCGCCACCUACAACCAGGAAGCUGGUGCCUACAUCACCAAGAUCGGCUCCGACAUCCAGCCCGAGGGCAACUACAACUACCAGUACGAGACCAGCAACGGCAUCGCCGCCCAGGAGUCCGGAAUUGGUGGAAACCACGCCAACGGAGGCUUCUCGUGGUACUCGCCAGAGGGUGAGCUCGUCCAGAUCUCGUACGUGGCCGACGAGAACGGCUACCAGCCACAGGGAGCUCUCCUGCCCACUCCUCCCCCAAUCCCAGCUGCCAUCCUUAGGAGCUUGGAGUACAUCCGUACCCAUCCCCAGUAUGUCGAGCAGGAGUACCGCAGGCCCGCCCUCAAGAAGGUCUUUGGUUAAUCGAAAUCGGGACUAGAAUGUGCCAACAUACAUAUGAAAAGCUUUAUUACGAAUCGUAAAAAUGUAAAUGUAGAAAUGAAAUAAACGUCGAAGAUGUAAAGAAAAC